UGAACUAAUGACUGUAGAAAACAUGGAUGACCUAAAAGCUCCCCAAAAAUGAAGCCAAAGCAUCUGUAUUACCCUCUUGUCUGGCUGCCUAUAGCUCAUAAACGUAAUCCGUUAAAGUUUUCCCAAAGAUGCUUUCUGUCAUUAUUAGCAGUGCUCAUGAUUUGCACUCAAUGGGUCUCCUUUGCCAUAGCUGAGCUGAGAACGGUUUCAGUGAUGCAUCCUCAAGGCUACCCGAUUGAAGCCGUGCAAAUGCAGGGCAUGGGUUAUGGUGGACUCCCCGGUCAGCCUGGAGUGGUCCAGCACACUGCUGUGAACAUCACUGCAGGGCAACAAGUCAUCACCGAGUCCCCCAAAGACCAUAUCAUCUGGUCGCUCUUUUCCUUUGUCUACGCAAACCCUUUUUGCCUUGGACUUGCAGCUCUCAUUUAUUCCAUCAAGGCCAGAGACAGGAAGAUGGUUGGAGAUGUGGAUGGUGCACGACAUUAUGGCUCCACUGCUCGCUGUCUCAACAUUACUGCCACAGUCAUAGCUGUCACUGGGUUCCUGAUUUCCAUUAUUACAUUAAGUGUUAUUGCAGCUCAAGCAACUUCCCAUUACAGUUACAGUUACAAUCGAUAUUAAUUACUUUAUAAUCAUUUUAGAGUCUCCUCCUGCUGUGAUGAGGUCACAUUUGUGUUUUCCUGCUUAAAAUAAAUUUUGCAACCUUCUAGAACUUUUUAAUUGCACCAUCUGGAAAAGAAGACAUUUGACAGAAAUCUUAAAUGGAAGUCUUCUC